AUGUCGGAGUUUGAUUCCGAGCUUUACUUCCGAGUGGCUUUCUUAGCUUUUCUUAUUCCUCUCGGUUCCGGUAAGUUCUCUAUCAUUCGUAAUUUGAGUUAAGAGCUUAACGAAUUCACAUACUUUUUUUUAGCAGUGACUCCAAAGAUAUGAAAUGAUUAAAUUUCAUUUCAUUCUGUUCAAUUAAAAAACUGUCGCAUUCGAAAUAUCAGCCGAAAAGAAUGUUGAACAAUCGUGUACGGUGUGGGAACAGGUCUUUAAAUCAGCAUCUACUGGGUUGAAGCGGUAGCUUGAAAGAGAUCUGAACUUUUGUCGGAAUACAGAACUAGCUCGCGUCGUUAUCGAUAAAAUUAUGUCGGUCUCUUAAUUACACGGUCAUCACUCUAAGAGAGGCAUCUUUGAAAGCUAUGAUUAUAUGAGUAGUCUAGAAUUUCGACGAUUUCGAUUGCUUUCCUUUUCUUUUACUUCAAAUAGUUUCUGCACCAUAUCGAGCCUUUGCUUGAAUUACGAGCUGUCGUAUUUCUUGAACACAAAGUUGUGUCAUUGUGCAAAUUUGACACUGACUUCAAAAUACUCCAUUAGCUUUCCAUUUUAGUGCACAAACUAGAUUGAUACAUUUACUGCCAUUUAGUUGCUGCUGAAGGCAAAGAGUUAAAGAUACAAUGGCGAUUAUUCAACCUCACUCGUAGAUGUUCAAGUUUUCGAUGUAUAUGCAUGAGACACGGCAUGGACUGAACAACUUCUAAAUAAACAAUCAUGAUGUUUAAGUAGACAUUUCAUUCCUGUUUACUCUUAGAAAUUUUUUUUAACGCCGAGAAACUGAGAUUAACAAAGACCUUUAAUGAAAUUCCCCAUCAAGGUAAAGCUCUGAAACAACCUUCAAUACCAGGUCAAGACUCGGAAAAGCGUCUCAGAGAGUCAAAAAUAUCUCGAAAGAUGUUCUUAAGGAAUAAACAAAGUUUGCAUUCGAAAGUGAAAUUUUGAAACGUGUCAAAUUGAAAAUGUUCUUGGGAGAACAUUAGUUUCAGUAAAUAGUACGAUAAAUUUAUCAUGUUGAAUCUGCUCUUUAGAGUUUCAUUAACGACCGGUAAAUUAAAGAAUGUUAAUAGAACAAUUCCUAAGACCAUAUGAUAGUUGUAACACCAAGGGCCUGUUUACAGGAAAGUAGGGGAUCCCAGGUAAAUAAGGUAACCCGCGUAGCUGUGGUCGAAAAAUAGUCCGAGUUUACACACAGUCCUACAACCCCUUUCUUUGGGUUUACCGGCCUGAUAGCCCUAUUGGAAUAUUGGGAGAACACCUGGAAUGUUUUUUAAAUCAUUCACCUCUGGCUCAUGGGAUGCUGGGAGAACACUUGAGAAGUUUUUAAAUAAAGAGCCGGAAGUGAGUGACUUGUGAACUUUGCGAGUUUUCUCCCAACAUCCUAAGUGGGUUGUUACGCUGGUGAAAAAAUGGAGAGCGUGGUCUUUUACUUUUAUGAAAUAACCAUGGGUUUAAUGGUACAGCAAAUAGUAGGUUUUUGACCAAUCAGGGUGCUUUUAGUUUCACAGUUAUAAUAUAAAGUGUUUUAUUAAUACUUUACUUUUUUUUUUUAGAGGGCACGGUAACGAAUCUUGCAAUCUAAUUGGUUCCUUACCCGGUCAGUAUUUUCCUAUCUCUGCCCACGGGCCACGGUAACGCUUUCGUGAGUCGCCAAGUACAUCCCAGCUUUCGUUGCCAUUUUUCAUAAAUAUAUCUCGUUUUUCCGGCUGGGCAAUAUUUUUAAGCAAACACGUCGGUCACUACCUCAAGCCGAUGAAUAACUUAUGAAUCCUCUCUUUUCUCUCACUCAAAUCACUGUGGUUGACAGAAAAAUAUUGGUUUCAGAAUGAAUUUGAAUAAACUAUAGUGUCAUUUCGUUGGUUGACAAGCGGCCUAAAACCCGUCUGCAAUUAAUUUUAAUCGUUCACAAAAAGUACCUAGAAAGUUAAAACGUGAGGUAUUUGGUUACAGCUAAACUGUACGAUGGAACUUUCAUUCAUUUAAUACCUGAAUUUUCUCAAGCAAUUUGUUCACAGUGAAAGAGCGAGCGAAGUUUUAAUUUAAGUUCUACAACAAAUAUACGCUCUCGGUGAGUCUUUCCAAGUCCGUUCAAUUUGAACAUUUGUACCGUAAAUUGCACAACAGAAACGGUGUCUCGUUGGAGUGUGCCAUUCGAAUUUAGUUUUUGUGAAGGAAAGACCAGAUUUACACACGCCAUUGCAGCAAACAAACCAGCAAACUCUCACAACUUCAAAAUAGAAAAAUUGAAUUUACUCACAAUUACUUUCCUGGUCCGUUUACUUAAUGAACAGAGGUAAAUCUUCGUACAUGAGUGAAUCGUCGAUGAGAGUAAAUAAUACUUUCCGUUAGAUCAUUGACUGUUUUUGAAGAAACAUUGUCGUGACAGUCCUUGCCAAACUAGUUCCGUUGUUUUUCAAAUGUUCUUACGCUUUUUUUUACUUAUGCGCUCUCUAAUUGACAUGUGUCAGAUUGUGACAGAUACUUAUAAAAAUAAUGUUUCAAAGUUUGUUUGGAAGCCUUUUUAAAUUAUCGUUACGGAAAUGAAACUUUUUUCGCUGAGGCAUCUCUCGUGAAUUUGCAUCACCUCUAUUUUAACUACCAUUUACUCACUCAAAAACUGUUCAGUUUAUGAAAGACCUUGCCGUAUUUACAGCCCUAAAUCUGGAGGUUUGUUAAGGGGGAUCUAUGGGUGCUUUCUAAUUUCUUUUCUUUCUUCUCAGCUGACUGUGUUGAUCUGGAUCUGGGAAUAGAAAAUGAGAGAAUUUCAGAUCGUAACAUAACCGCUUCUUCAGUUCAAAAUGCCAGCACACCAGCCAAUAAUGGUCGACUGAACUACACAUCAGGAUCAUCGUGGUGUGCAAGACCAAGUGACACUAACCCGUAUGUACAGAUUGAUCUACAGACGCUCUAUAUCAUCUGUGCCGUUUCCAUCCAAGGGAAUUCUCAAGCAGGUCAUUGGGUGAAAAACUAUACACUUCAAUUUUCCAAUAAUGGAACAACUUGGAUGGUCUACAGAGAAAAUGGACAAAUUAAGGUACCGUGUCAAAGACCAUGUCACUUGGCUUUUAUUGAUAUUUGCAGUUGUCUGCAAAAUAAAUAAAAAUUUUACUGCCUCUUUGUUUGACACUUCCUUCAGAGUGAUGAUACAUUCCUAAUGAGAUCUCGCUGGGAACAUUGAUCUGUGAAGAACUUUGAUUUUCACGAAACAAUUAAUGGAGAAAAUUGUCAGAGCUGUUUUUUCUUGUCACUCUGUAGAGGAACAAUACAGGGACAAGCUUUUUUUUGUACAGCAUCCCUAAGAUCAUCAAGGUGUCCAAUGGAAAAUGAGGAUAGAUGUCAAAAGUGAAUGUCAUUAGACUUUCUAAAACCUAAUUUAAACGAGGUUUAAUUGUGUAAAGGAGGGAGGAGGGGGGCGAAGAUGAGAAGAAAAAAAACCAAGAUACUCGACACUUAUUACUAUUAGAAGUUUGUUAUUAUUUUUAUUUACAUAUUUUUCUGGAAAUAGAUGUACACCUUUAAGUUUUUAGCUGUUGGUUUUGAUUUCAGACCUUUCAGGGAAAUAGUGACAGAACCUCAGAGGUGAAGCAUGUUCUUUAUGAAAGUGUUGAAGCACACUACCUACGAAUCUUGCCAAGUGCAUACCAUGGUGCUGUGUGUAUUAGAAUAGAAGUGUUUGGUGUUAAGCGAAAACCAGGUUAUUAUUUCAUUAAUUACCUUUGACUAUAUAAUAGCCAAAUUCAUGAAAAAGUUCCUUAUCAAGGCGCAUAAACAACUUCACGUACAAAAUUAUGCUAAGUGUAAAACCUCUCUUUUGAAAAUGAGUUUAUUUGCAUUAGAAGGAGAAGUGCUUUUCAUGGCAAAGUCUUUGAAUUCUACAUCAUUUUCAAUUCAGGCAUUUCAUAAAUUGCCUUGGUAAGUGAUGGGUGAAUUGAACUGAAGUAUGGUGGAGCUGGUGAGGAUCAAACAAAGAUUUAAAUGCUAUAAACCAUAAAAUUGAAAACAUGCUGGAGUUAAAUGUUUUUUUUAGUGCUGUCAUCCUUUUGAUUUGCCCUAAAAUACUAAAACUCUUAACACAAACUGUAAGUACAUUCAUAAAUAUUGACAGAUGUGAAAUUCAUGCUUGCCAACUUUUUAGAUUAAUGGGGAUCUAUACAUUUGGAAUCUGGAACAAAGAGUUCGCGCAAGUUUUGAUCAGGAGAUCUUUGCAUAGUAUGGAAAGUUUCUCAGUGAAAAUUAUACAACGAGGGAAAUUGGCUUUUACUCUGGCGCAGACAGCUCACAAAUCUGGUCAUAUUUAUCUGCCUUUAGAUUUUUGGAAACUUUAGUCUUUCUAUUUCAAAAAUACACUAGGGCAUCUUUAUCUGCACUUAAAUGGGGGUGAAUAAACUCUGGCAUUACUUUAUCUUAGCAGGCUGAUAUACAUGUACAUGUAAGUGUUUGCAAAAUCCAAAACUGAAACCUUACUAGAUAAUAAUUUCUUUUCUAUCUUUACACAGUUAAUUUUGCCCUCGGGAAGGCCACCUUUCAGUCUUCAACUUUUAACAAUACUCAUUGGGCUGCGUGGGGUGUGUCAGAGAAAGCAGUGGAUGGUAAUUCUGAUACUGAAUUUAGAAAUAGAGGUUGUGCACAUACUUUGUCAAGCAAUCCAAGCUGGUGGAGAGUUGAUCUGGGUUCAGAUAAGAUUCAAGUCUCUGACAUAUUCAUAGUCAACAGAUUUUCAACAGAUGCUGCAGUGAUGGCCAGAAGCAAAAAUUAUAGCAUUACUUUGGGUGAGCAGUCACUACUUUUCAUGUAGUCAAUUGAUAUAAGCUUAAGAUAAAUGGGUACAUUAAAAGUAAUUAAACGAAGGCGUUUCCAGUGUGUGGGGUUGGAAAACCAUUGUUAUAUGCUCAAUCUCAACCUAUCUAUGCAGAAGUUUUACCAUGCAAAGGUGUGUAAAACAUUAUGUGAAUAUUAAGAAAAUGAUGUAGAGGGAGUUAUAUGUUGCUUUUUCAGUUUGAUGUUUCUGUUGCUGCUGAAUUGAGAUAUUUGAACCCCUCAAUAUACUUUGUGUAUUUUACAAAUCACUAUGAUUACAUGCUUCAAACAAUAAUGAUGGAUAUACAUUCUAUUUAUUGUAAGUGGUUCAAUUAACUUUAUGUGUAUAUUUACAUGUACAUGCAUGCAAAAUCUUAUUUCCCUACGAAAUUGUGUUAUACCGAAACCUAGUUUAGAGGGGAAAAACAAGUUUAUAUCAUUAAUGAAAUACAUUUAUACAGUAGUUUGUCACACAUUUGGUAUGUACAGGGCAUUGAGGUGAACUUUUAUUUAUUUAUUUUUUUUAUAACAUCAGGUAACAACCCAAUAGUAGUAAACAACACUCAGUGUAGAGGACUCUAUAGUUUUGUUAACUUCAAAGCAUCAGCUGUUUGUUUUACCAACCCACUGAUAACUGGCAGAUAUGUGGGGAUAUCAACAAUACGGAAACAAGCUCUUCAACUCUGUGAGGUGGAAAUCUAUUUGCGAGGUACAUAUCAUUAAACACAGAGAUUGGUAUUGACUAAAGAUCUUUAAGCAAAAUUUUGAAGUUUUUGUUCAACUUUAGUGACACUGAUAGUUCUAAAAUCUUCUUUGACCACACUUUUGAUGUGACCAGAUGCUGAUUAACGUAGUUGCAUGUUUCAUUUCAGACAAUCUUGCAUUUGGAAAGCAAACAAAUCAAAGUGGUGUAAAUUUUGACGGUGUAAGUAGCAGGGCAGUUGAUGGUAUCAACAACACAGAUUAUUACGCUAACAGCUGUACCCACACUGACAGAGAACUCAACCCUUGGUGGAGAGUUGACUUGGGAAAAAUUGAACCAGUUUCAGAAAUAUACCUAGUCAACCAAGAAAACCAGUGGUCUUACAGGCAGAAUAACUUUGAGAUCAGAGUUGGUAGGUUACAUCAUUUUCGAAAUUGUAACAUUAUACCAUAGUGUCAAAAUGUCUUGAGCAAUCAUGUCUCAUAAUAUUAGUAGUGUCAAAUUAUCUUCACACUUUGACUGGUGGGUUUCAUUCAAGUUUAUGUAUGCCUAUAUGUAGGAAGACAUUUAGCAGAAAUUUUGGUCUAGUACAUCAUGAUGGUGAAUCAUCACUUUCCUUUUGCACUACUCGUCGAAGAUAUGAUGGAAUAAUAGGGGCUGGACCCUGGAUCUGAAGGUCCAGUUUGUAGCCUUGGUUUUGCAUUGUACUCCAGGGUUGGAAACUUUUUUCAAUUAUUCCUCUUUAAAGUUAGGAAUACGGAAUUUAUAUGGAUGCUGAACAAUGAACGCCUGCUACAAUGGAUUAGCUACUCCUCUGCUACGGUUUCAUAGUGUAAACUAUGGCCCAGUUGUUGGGCAGAUAAUGCUAUUCAACUGAUAAAUCGCUAUCCAGUGGAUAAGAGUUAGCAAAAUGUGUUGCACUAUCCAAUGGGUAGAUCAGAUUUAUCCAGUGGAUAGCAUUAUCCUGCACUCCAGUGUCUCGUGAUCUCCGGUAGUGUCAGCCCUUUCCCUCCUUUGGCUUCAUGUAACACUCUUACACCACUUUGUAAUGAUAGUAGCUUGAUAGUAACUUGGUAACAAUUUCUUAAUUUCUCAAUUCUUUAUAGGCACAGUGUCUAAUAAUGGAGGAAUUACCAAUCCCAGAUGUGGUAAUAAGAGUUAUAGUCUUCCAAGAGGAAAAGGUGUAUCCUUUUUCUGUCGUCCUGUAUUACUUGGAAGAUAUGUGACAAUAAGAAGCUUAAUUGACCUUGAAAACUUCACACUUUGCGAAGUUGAAGUUUAUUCUGAAAGGAGAGGUAAUACAUCUUAUAUCAAAUAUACCUGUAUAUCUUUGAAAACCUCACACUGAUUUAAGUCGUAAGUUAUUGCACAGAUUAAAGUUGUGCUAAUGUACACUAGUUUUAUCUGCAUGCAUGCAUAAUCAUUUUCUGAAUAUAACUGAUAUGCUCUGUUGUUGUGGUUGAACCUGUAUAUAUAUAUUUUCAGCUUGGUAAACUUAAACUCCCUGUAGGCUCAAUCUUACUUCCGUUUUCCUUAAUUUUUUUCUUUCCAUGCAUUUACUAUCUUUAUAUUAUCAAGAAUUAAAACCUCUACUUAACAUAAAUUCUUGAUUCCUUUCAGAGUUAGAGGGAUUUCUGCUGUAGUUUUAAAUGCAAUUGGAAAUGUUUGUGCCUGAAGUUCUCACUAUACUUUACCUUACAAUAAAACUAUUCCAAGCCUUUGCUCCAAAAUAUUUAAAUGACAGUUCUCUGUGCCUGCAGGUACAAUUUGAUUGAAUUUUUUUUCAAACCUUUUAUAUUUAGUGGUAAUUACACUGGUACAAUAUUGAACAUAAGUUAUCAUUAUAUAUGUUGUGGAAGUCUGGUGCUAGAGGCCAAAAAAAUUUUCAAAUCAGUACACCUGAUUACAUAAAUGAAAACCAUAGGAUUAUUAAACAGCUCAAAUAUGAUUUCAUAUUAACUGAAUCUUACGGAAAUGGAAAUUAGUUUGGAUUGGCAAGCUUGCUGCCUUAAAUACUAGUGUGUUGUAUACAUCUGCAUAUUAAUUAAUCAGUUCAACAUUUUAUUAUGAUUGAUUACAGCUUGCCAAAUGCAGGCCAUAGGUGUGGCUAGCACUGACACACUUCCUAAUGCCAGCUUCUCAGCAUCAAAUGAAAGUUCAAGAUGUGAAGCUUUUAGAGGUCGACUGAAUGCAUAUGGGGGAUGGUCACCCAGCAGAAAUGACAGACCUGAUGAUUAUCUGCAAAUUGAUCUGCAGUAUGAGUUUCUUAUUUGUGCUGUAGCUACCCAAGGGAGGUCAACUUCUGAUGACUGGACAACUGAGUACAAGUUACAGCUAUCCUUUGAUGGUUCCACUUUUGUGACCUACAAGGAAAACAAUGUUAACAAGGUUGAUUAAAAAAGCUACAGCUGAGAUUAAACACAGAACUGUGGAAGAUAUUCUUAGAGUUGCACUAAAGGGUGAUUUCAAGAGCUACAUGUAUGUGGGGGUUUUAAGUCUCAAACUCUGAAACCUGGAGAAAAUUUGUGGAAUCGUGGUUGUGUUCUUAGACUUAAAUAGAAGGUCACAAUCUUAAAUGCAUUACCCUUUAUCAUGUACUGAGAUUUAAAUAGAAAUGAGCAUCUAUUAUAGGUGGACAUUCAUGCAUGUCUCUAAAAGCAAGGAACUUAAAUAUGUAUGUUGUGGGUUAUAUUAGCAUCCUGAGUAAGUACAAUAUGUAUGCAGAAUACAAAGUUGCCUGUCAUAUAUGCAUAACGUAAAUUGAAUUAACUGACCUUAUAAAGCAGGAAAACGAGAACACAUCUGGAUACUUUGGUGCACAUACUCAAGUUGUCUUGAGCACUGACUGGCGACUAGUAGCUGAGGGAUGUAAUGAGAAUUAUUCUAGAGUCUGCUAUGGCCAACAAUGAGAAAAUUGAUCUACAGUUUAAUCAUCAACUCAUAUUUCGAAUUAUUUGUUUUAGACUUUCAAUGGCAAUUCUGGAAGACAUGAUAUUGUCAAACACAAUCUCAGAAAUGUGAGGGCAAGGUUCAUCCGUUUCCAGCCUGUCAAGUUUAUUGGAAACAAAGCUUUGAGAGUAGAGGUGUAUGGAGUUCUUAUAUCUAGAGGUAUAUUAUGUUUAACUUAAUAUCAUCAAGUUUUCACAUUGAGCUAUUUUAAGGCUGGCAUAAUGGUUAAUUUAUUAUAUAGCCUCUUUGUUUAUUGGAUGUAGUUUAUUUUUGUGAACACUCCCUGUAGGCAAACAUCAUGUACAGGUGUUUACAUGUACGUCGACCGAAUUAGGAAGUGGCAUUUUCCACAAAAAGGUCUUAACGUACAGCUGUAUGACUCCCAAUCAUGGAGCUGGAUAUGUACCUAUAUGUUAAAUGUUGGUGGCUGUCUGCUUGUCUGAAGGGGUCUACAAAUGGGAAAUUGAUCUGUUUAAGUCUGUUUUGGGUUACGUUCUUCUCCCAUUUACAUAAUUAAGUUCAUAUAUGCACUCCCAAUAGUUCCAAAGACCCUACAAAUUAACAUUUUUCAAUAUAACUGUGCAAGACUUUUCACUAAGUGGAAGAGUAAGGCUGGGUUGAAUUUGAUCUCUUAAAUACCACAUGAAUUGAUUUUUAUGUGUAAAAGAGUGAAGAAUAUUGGUAGCAUUGUUAUUAUUAUUAUUAUUAUUAUUAUGAUAAUCAAUAUUACUUUUGCUAUUAUUCAAUCACCAUUCUGUCUUAAUUUCAGUGCCCUCACAAGCACCCAGUGAAUUGACUUUAUCUGCAACCUCUUCUACAAGUAUCACUGCAUCCUGGCAGUUACCUCCUGCAUAUUCCAGACACGGAAUCAUUGCAGGGUUCAAAUUGUCCUUUAAAAAGAAAGGGUUUAUUGGGUCAAUACAUGUGGAAACUAACAAUGGUGGAACAACCUUUUCUGGAGUAAUUAAUGGUCUGGAUAAGUACACAGAAUAUGAAUUUCAAGUGUUGGCUUUUACAUCUCACGGUGAUGGACCAGAGAGUUCAGUUGUGGUGGAAAGAACAAUGGAAGAUGGUAAAAAACUUGAUUGUUUGUAGCAGUGGCACUUCCACUCUUGGUUGGUUUUCAAGAGCCUAUCACAUAGUGAAGUUGGGUUGACAUGCAGUAAUGCAUGUAUAAUGUUUGACUGUGUAUAUAUGCUGAAAUCCUGACAAAAUACAGCAGCUGUAUAUUAAGUCCCCUUGUAACUUAGUCGAGUUUUUUUCAAUAUUUAGAUAUUCUUGACACCAUUUUUUGUAUUAUGGGUGAAAACUGUCAAGCAAAAAGCUUUUUGUGUUUAAUUUUGAAUCAGUAUCAGCAUCCAAGCAACUGCGCACCUAACCCAACAUUAACCCUUCUUGUUCUCAGUUGACUGUUGUUGGGUAAGGGGAGGGGUAGGUGUGCAGUUGCUUGCAGAAGAUAUUGAUAUUAAAAUAUUAUUCAUGUAAGUUUAUGGAUUAUGCUCACCAAGGCAGAUGAUGAUGUAAAAUGUAAAACAUACUCUGAGAAGGUUAUAAUUUUAGGAUUUCUUACCUUGUAUGUUUCAAUCUGCAUUUCUGGUCCUAAACAUAAUAGCAAUGAAUCUUAAUUUUAGUCCCUUCACAACCUCCUAGUGGCUUAACUGUGGCAGCCAGCUCUUUUACCAGUGUUUUAGCAUUUUGGCGGUUACCACCCGAAGACUCCAGAAAUGGAAUCAUCACAGGAUACAAACUGUUUUAUAGAGAAACAGGUGGUGAUAGGAGUCCAACAGUACAAAUACUCAUCCAAAAUGCAGCAAUUCGGUCCAGAUAUAUAACUGGGCUACAAGCUGAUACAGAGUAUGACUUUCAAGUGUUGGCCUUCACAUCUGUUGGUGAUGGACCAAAGAGCUCGGUGAAAGUCGUGAGAACAGCUGUAGAUGGUAAGACACUGACAAAACAUUCUGUGGGAAUUUCUUUACCUUUAAAAUCAUUAUCAUUUUACAUAAUAAACCAAACUGAGUGCAAUUUUAAUUCCUACAUGUAGAACAUUAUUAAUUUCCGAAUUUUCUUUCUUCUAAUUAGUACUUUUUCUUUAGCACCUAGUCCUCCGGCUUACCUCAAUCAUACUACGUUUCACCUUGGCGGGGUAGGGUACUGCUACACGUAGGCUAGAUAAUGACUCUGAAUUCAUCGUUAAAUCUUGACUAACAUUGGAUGGGUGUUCUCCUUCUUUUGAUACACAAGCUGUAGAAGUAGGAAAGAGAGAAGGCUCUAAAUCUGUUAGUAUUGUGCAGAUUGCCGUUCCUGUGGUUCUGGUUAUAGUCUUGGUACCAUUGCUUCUUGUCGCAAUACUGCUGUAUCGGAGGUAUGCUUGACCCGAAAUAAUGGUUUCCUAUAAUGGCUGUGAAAGCAGUAAUUUUCCUGAUGAUGUUUCAAAAUUGUUUCAUUUUCCUUACUUUGUAAUUAAAUAUCAUAAAACAUAAAACUUUUUGUGUGUGCCAAGUGUAACUGUGUAAUUCCUACCACCGUUUCAGGAGGAGAAGGGCAGAAAAAUCAGGCCAAGAGAUAGAGAGCAAUGAAGUACAUGUUCCACUUGAUGAAUUCAGGAUGGAUUCAGUUGAGUCCGGUGGAAUUACAACUGACUUAGUCUAUCAAAACGUGUCUGAAAUUCCUUCAGAUGGAAAUGGUAAGCUAUUGCAUUGAUGUUAAAGUAUGAUUGAUGCAAAACCGAUAGUGUACACACAUAUGAUUACAUCUCCACCUCACUGUCACGAGAAGAGCUUUACAACAUAGAAAUGUUAGAAAGGACACAGGCGGCCCAAGCUUUUCAUAUGUACGUAGAAAACCCCGAGAUAGAUAACUCGCUAAAAUGGGUUAUCUUCAACAUAGUGGAAAGAACGUCUUUGUUUGUCGUCUAUGCCAUUGCUGUAAAUGUCCGGAGUGCAGGACAAAAGAAAGAUUAUGAGUUGUCCAUACAAGUGCGAGCGUCAGACCUCCCGAAUUUUCGGUCAGACACCCUACCAAAUGAGCUCUAACGACAUCCUUUGCGAUCAAGGCCAUAUACUAGGCCUACGUAAAGCUUGUGACCAGGAUCAGCAAUAUUAAAAGUGUCUUAAGGAAGCGUUAUAGGGUUUUUUGACCGCGCAAGAUCUGGAUGUGGACAUAGUGUCAACAUGCAAAACAAACAUGGCGGCUCGAUACGAUCGCACGAUUGUUAUCUGAAAAGGUGUGUUAAAAACGGUUUAACACUAUACAAUUUUUAA